GAUGAAAAGAAAGAAGAAUGAAUCAGUAAAAAGGCAAGCUAGUCAUAGCCUUUAUAUUUUUUCCUCUUAUUCUAAUAUCAAGCAGUAACAUUAUUUCUUCUUCCCAACAAAUCUAUGUUACUCAAAAGGAUGGGACUUGCAAGAUAUAUUUACUCACACACUUUAUAGAGUGAUAUAAGUAUUAUUAUGUAGCAUCUUAAUAUUUAUACUGAGUACCAUAAAAUAAGUUCUACACAAUUAAUACAAGUUAUCUGUAUAACGUACCAAGCAAAGCUUGACUUGGUCUAGUGGAAAAGCCGAAAAGUCUUAAGUCUUUGGAGUUGGAGACUCCCUUACCCUUACCCUUACACCCUUCCUCCCAUUCUCAAAGUGCUUAUUCGCUAACUCAGAUAUGAGGAUCUCUGAGUUGUUCCAGCCUGAUUGCGUAGGGUUCUUCUUAUCAACCAACCAAACGUUAUCUGUAAUUCUAUACCAUGUGACGUCGGACAAGUGUGUACUACUACAUAAUAGAACAUUUUCUCUAUAGCUAGCUCUUACAUACUUCUUUUUCUUCUCCCUAAUUUAUAACUCCAUUGGUUUACUUCAUUUUAAUGGCAGCCUCAAAACCCACAGACACAAAAUCUCAAGUGCAAUCGGAAGAUGAGUUCAAACAAGGUGAAAUCGCCCUUCAAAAAGAUCAAUUGUGGUUUGGUUAUCCAUUACACUUUUAUCAAGGAUUUUGGUGCCUAAAUAUGAUUUCAGAUAUCACAAUCUCUUUUCAAACCAACUUUCAAGCUCAAGAUACUGAUGUUAUUUUAGCUAGCCUACCAAAAACAGGUACAACAUGGUUAAAAUCUCUCCUUUUUAGCAUUGUUAAUCGAAAAAAAUAUAGUGAUGUUUCUCAACACCCUUUGCACUCUAUAACUCCUCAUGAACUUAUCGACCAUCUUGAGUUUGAAGUAUACAAAAAUUGCCAUGGGAAUGAUCUACCAGACCUAACUAAAAUUCCAUUACCUCGACUCUUUGCUACCCACAUGCCGUAUUUACCAUUGCCUGAAUCAAUUAAAACAUCAAAAUGUCGAAUUAUUUAUGUUUGUCGAAACCCUUUAGACAAUUUUGUUUCUUCAUGUCAUUUUUGGCCUAAACUUGAUCUAAAUAAAGGCAUGAAAUUAGAUGUGAACAUAAUGGAGGAACAUUUAGACAAGUAUUGUAAGGGGAUAUUCCCAUUUGGGCCUUAUGAAGAUCACUUGUUAGGGUAUUGGAAGGAGAGCAUGAAAAACUCAAACAAGGUGUUGUUCUUGGAAUACGAAGGGUUAAAGAAAGAACCAAAAGAUCAUUUGAAAAGGUUGGCUGAGUUCGUGGGUUGUCCGUUUUCGAAAGAGGAGGAGAAAGGCAAUGUCAUAGACGAGAUAAUAGAGUUAUGUAGUAUUAAAAGUUUGAAAGAAAUGGAGAUAAAUAAAAGAGGCAAGUAUUAUGAAUGGUUUGAGAAUAAGGCCUUGUUUAGGAAAGGAGAGGUUGGAGAUUGGUCCAAUUAUUUGACUCCUUCAAUGGCUAAGCGUAUUGAAGAAAUGCAAGAGAGGCUUAAGGAGGCUGGUUUUUCUUUUACAUACUAUAAUCAUUUGAAAGCGAAGGAUAGCUCAUUUGGUUAAAGUUUUCUCCCGAUGCCUAAGAAUGUUGACUGGUGUUUGUUUUACAUUCUAUAAUAAAUUGAAAGCGAAGGAUGGUUCAUUUGGUUAAAGUUUUCCUCCUAGUGCCAAAGAAUACUGAGAUCAAGGUCGUCCAAGUGGGUAAAUAAUUAUGAGUUUUUGAAUGUAAAAUAAAACUUGUGUAGUAAGUAACAAGGAUUUGAGCCAAAUAAAGAGGUGUCUAAAUAGAAAUUUCCAUUCAUUGUUUCUCGUUUUUAGUGUAUUUGUAUUGUUGUUCUAAAUAUAAUAGCGUCUGCCCUUCUAGGCUUUCUAUUUUUACGGCAUUGAAGUUUAUUGUACUGUUAUUGUUUUCUAAUGUUGCUUUUGUUUGUAAUUUUGCAUUAUUUUCAAUGUAU